GAUAUUAGUUGUAUCUCUGUACUGUGACUUAGCACAUGUGACGCUAGUCCGACUGUUGCUCCACGCGGAACGCAGGCGAAUGUCAGUAACAUCGGCUACUGCUAGAAAUAUUAUAAUAUGAAUUCCAUAAAGUACAAGUGAGCGCAGUGAAGGGGGUGUACUGUAACUAUUUGCUGCCAGUCUGGAGAGAGAAGUUGCCUCUGCUGAACACCUCAGUCAGCUUGCAGCCACACCUAAUAGCCUGUGAGCGCUGAUUCUUUGACUAAGGGAAAAAGAAAGAUUUCCGCGUUGAUUCCGUUUUAUAUCAGGGUGUACGCCAACGAAGUAGAUCCCACGACGGAAACAAUGGCUUUUUCUCAUAAAUAUACGACCUGUGCUCCUGCCUGCGUAUAACGAUAACAACAUCGGCACCAUUAAACAGGGACAUACGCAAAGUGUUUACACUGUUAUAAUCGCUAUGUUGGUAAUUUAAUAGGUCUUCAGACACGAAGAAAAAAAGAAGGCACGACAUGGACUGUGGUCAUGUCACCAUUUAAAAAUGUCCCUUCCAGUUCGCUAUGAAAACCGGUGUCUCCUAUAAUGAUAUCCGCGCACCUAACGUUAGCCAUGGUGAAGCGUGGCUUUUUUUCGUACACAAUCUAUUACUUCUGAUACAGAUGUAACCAUCAUUUUGUGCUGAGAAAGCGCCCGUUGGGAUCAUUCGUGACAGAAGAAAUUAUGUGGACGACUGCUCGAAUUCUGCCUGUCUCACGUUGCGAACUUAAUCUUGAUGUUGUUCUUCGCUGUGGCCAAUCGUUUCGAUGGAAGCUUAUUGAGGACUGGUGGACGUCCACGCUUCGAGGCCGAAUCUAUCGACUUCGACAAUGUGAUGAAGGCAUCGAAUAUGAACUAUGGGAAGAGAGGUACUUAUCGAAGCAAUCAAACCGACAUGUGGAACCACUGGAUACGCCAGAGGAAACGCUCAAGGACUAUCUGCAGCUGGGAGUGAGCUUAGCCAAACUAUAUUCAGAAUGGGGUUCCGACCUUCUCUUUGAAGGCGACAUACUGCUUGGUGUCCGGACGCUCCGUCAAAACCCGCUCGAAUGUCUCAUGUCGUUUAUCUUAUCAUCGUGUAAUAACAUAUCACGAAUUUCGCAGAUGGUCGACAAACUCUGUGCAUACGGGCCGCAGUUAGCCACAAUUGACGGAAUAUACUAUCACGAUUUCCCAUCUCUGAAAAAUCUAGCCGCUGUCGGCUCUGAGCUGGAACCCCAGCUACGCAAGGCUGGUUUUGGCUAUCGAGCUGCUUACGUCACGAAGGCUGUCGACACACUGCGCGAACGUGGAGGUGAGAAGUGGCUGUAUGGACUUCGCGAGUCAUCGUACGAGGUAGCCCGUGACGAGCUGAUGACACUGGCAGGAGUAGGACGCAAGGUGGCAGACUGCGUCUGUCUCAUGGCAUUGGACAAGCCUAUAGCCGUUCCAGUGGAUACGCAUGUAUUCCAAAUAGCCCGCCAACACAUACCCAGCCUUCAAAAUGUUAAUAAGUGUUCACCUGUUGUAUAUCCGCGUAUUGUCGAGUGGUUUGUUGCUCGGUUUGGUGACUGGAGCGGCUGGGCUCAAGGGGUCCUGUUUGCAACGCGCGUGCGGCAGAACAGCUUGGGUUCUUUGGGAAAAAUGGUGAAUGAUUCCACAAAAGUUAAGAAGACCUCGAAGCGGAAACGCCAGGGGGCCAAGUAAGGCUCUUGAGGCAAGUGUGCUAAACUUACUGAAGUGGGAUAAAGUACGACAACAUUUAAUCAUAUUUAUCUACUCAAUUUCUGCGGUGUAUGUUAUACGAGCUAGAGGUGUUCCAGAACUUAGCAACAUAACUCGCAAGGAUAACAAUCUGAAAGACUCAAGAGUUUAAAUAUUGUAAAUUACGUCGCGUAUGUGUCCGUAUGAGUUCGAGUCUGGUAUCAAAUAUACGAAAACUCAGUAUUUUUUCAAGGCUAAUAUCAUAGCAUACACACUUUAUUGAGUCAUACGAAAAUUUUUACUAUUAAUAGUAAUAGUAAUAAGAACGUUGCUAAUAGUUAUAUAAUUAGCAAAUCCGCAAGUACAAGAACGAGUCGAUUUGUAUGAUUCUUAUUAUACAGGUAUGUGUAUAAAAGUGUCCCGAUUCACAUCACGUAACAUAGUUAACGGGUAGUAACCUUGCCUCAAGCAGCAGGAAACCAAUCAUGCAGGAUGAAUGGCUAUAAUGAAUAGCUAACUCACUUGAAUGGAAGCACUUUUUAAAUAAUAAAUAGAAUAAAAAAAAUAUAAUUUUCGAGCCAACGUGACAUGUGUCAGACAAACAGACCAGGCUCAUGAACACUUGUUAAUAUUGAUAAAAAUGUAUUUAUACAUUUAUAAAAAAAAUACUAUUUAAAUAGACAAGAAGUUUGUAAAGGGCUAAUUGCUUCAGCAAUAUUUGUAGUGAAAAUAAUGUUUCCUAGAACAUCAAAACUCAACGAAAAUGGGUUAAGAGUCGGCAAGUGACAAAGAGAAUUAUAAAAUGUACGCAGCGCUAACUAUGCCAUAGAUUAAAGGUAAAAUUCUGUAACUGCCU